AUGCACUACCUCCUGUGCCUGCUUUUCGCAGCCUGUGCUUUGGCGGCCAAGCCCCUUAGCAAAGAGGUUUGCGGCGCUUCCUGCUAUUACACGUUGAGCAAGGCCAAGUUCGCUUCGGAUAACACCACGGAACAAACGCUUUGCACUCACCCGUUGCGUGUCACUUCAACAUACUUGUGCAUCUGGGAACACUGUAAAGAUUCGGAAAUAGCACCAGGUAUUGCCUGGUGGGCUUCGACGUGUAAGAAGUCUUCCAAGGUGGUCAACCUCAAAAUAUACGAAAGCACCACUGCCAAUGUCACGCAAGCAUACAUCGAUGGCCUUCCUACUGUCGAGCAGACGCAGAAAGCCAUUGUCGAUGUUGUGUCGAGGCCAUCGGAUUCGAACUGGAACCAAGUUCAUCGAACUGUCCUCACUUACUGGACUAACAUUGUGUACCACCAGAAGCUGAGAUGGAUCCCUUAUGCUUACUGGGGAUUGGUGCUUUUCCUGGGCACAGUCAGCCACGCAAUUGCUUCGAUUCCAGUGAAACGAUCUAGCCAGCCGGUCCGAAAGAACAACACGGGAGCGAAAGUAAAGGGAUGGUUCCAUCGCAACCUGAUGAUGGCUCCUACAUUCUCAUACCAUCACCAUCAGCCUUUGGGAUGGUUCAUCGUCCCGCUUCGGUUACAAUCUUUGGUGAUUGCUGGUUACAUCAUCACUCAAAUCUUCAUGCUGGCUUUCCAUUACCCUGUGUUCUCAAACAAUAUUUACUACAAAACCAUCACAGGCCAAGUGUGCAGAAUUCUGGGGGACAGGCUUGGUAUCUUCAUGACAGCUGAGCUGCCACUAAUCUUCCUCUUUGCCGGACGAUCAAAUCCCUUCGUUUACCUCACCGGAUGGAGCUACAGGACAUUUAGUAUCUUCCACCGUUGGAUCGCACUGAUCUUGACUAUGGAGGGUAUUAUUCACGGUUGUGUAUUCUCAGCCUACUAUGUCAACGAGCAAGGAUGGUCUGGCUACCACGAAGAGCUAUCAACUGAUCCUACUUUCAAAUAUGGACUUCUUAUGGUCAUAUCAUUGUCAAUUUCCGCAGCUUUUGCCUUUGGCCCCAUUCGCAAUCGAAUUUACGAAUUCUUCAAAGCUUCUCACGUUUCCCUGACAGCCAUCUUCCUUGCUGCGUUGUUUUAUCACAUCGAGGGCCAGUUCAAAGGCAUAUACAAGGUCUGGGUGUGGGCCUGCGUUGGCCUAUGGGCCGGUGACCAUGUCUUCCGUCUACUACGAGUCCUUGUAAUGAACUACAAGUCGUUCCUCGGACAAGGCUCUCUGGCAUUGGCUAGUUACAGCGAAGAAACUGGCAUGAUUCGACUCCAAGUCAAGCCUUCUAUCAACAGCAAGCGCCAAACUCCAGGAACUUACUUCUUCGUAUACUUUCCGGGUAUGCGCUUUUGGGAGACACACCCAUUCACUCUAGCUGGAAGGUCAAAGCAAAUCGACGAUAUCUCGAUAUACAACAGCAGCAGCGACCAGCCAAGCGACAAGGAGAACGGCACGCAAACUCCUCGCGUGACCGAAUUGACUUCCGAACAAGGCGAUACUCACAUGACCUUUAUGAUCCGUCCUCGAGAUGGAAUGACUCGAAGACUACGAGACAAGCUGGUGAGCAAAGGUGAAUCCGGCCCGCUUCGUGUCAGAGUCUUCCUUGAGGGUCCGUAUGGUACACCUGCUCGCCUCGACCAUUUCGACGAUAUUCUCUUUAUUGCUGGAGGCAGUGGAAUUACCACUGUGCUGCCAUACCUCCGCAUGUUCUUCGAAGACCAAUCAUCGCAACCACCUCCGAAUGUGCACCUGGCUUGGGCUGUGCGAGAUGAAGGUUUCAUUCGAGACGUGCUUGCCAACGACCUCCGAGCUACUGAGGGAUCUGCUUUUGCAGCAUCGAAGCUCAACAUGGAAUUCUACAUCACUUCGGGGGCUUCAGGGACUUCCACUCCUACGCCAGUGUCAAAGGAAGCAGGAAACGCCACUUCCGACUCUAGAUUCAAGAGAGUGCGUCCUGACAUUCACACGAUGGUUGAUAACUUUGUCAACCAGUCUCAAGGCCGAGCAGCCGUGUUUGUCUGCGGCCCGGCUGAGAUUGCUGAUACAACACGGCAGGCCGUGCUUAGGCAAACAAGGAAAGUUCAUGUUGACGUUGAGCUCUUUGAAGAGAUGUUUGUUUGGUAA